AUGAAUCAUUCUUUUGUAAUAUUGUUUAAUUUUAUUUUUGCAUUCGGUUUGAAAUUUGAUACAUAUGUUUUAUUAGUAUGGACAAAUGAAGCUAUACAACACAGAUCAUUUCACAUUAGCAAAUUAAAUAGAGCCAAUAGAAUAUUGAGCAAUGCUAAAUCGGAUACAUCAGUCAGAAAAAAAACAGAAACCAAAUCCUCAAGCGAUUCUCAGAAAAAAGGUUGUGGGAAAAAGAGCUAUAAAAAAAAGGAAAGUAGUAGUGGCAGUAUUGAAGAGGAGGAUAGCGAAUUAGUAACUUCCUCAGAAUAUGAUAAUACAUGUACAGACAACUUAUCAAGUGAAUCAUAUGGACUUGAUGAAUUUGUAUAUAAUAUUAAUGAUGGUGCAAUAAAAAUAUAUCAUGGUUAUCCAUCUAUUUUGAAUUGCUUUACUAAGCUGAGAACUAAUGAUGAUGAUAGCGAUAGCUACAAACAAAAAGAUACAAAUGAAAGUAAUUUAAAAAUAAAAUCUAGCGAUAACCCCGAUGAGAGGGGAUCUCAAGCUUGGGGAAAUAAUAAAGGAAACAAAUAUGAUGGAGAUACAAAUCCUCAUAAAUUAUAUGCUGAUUAUUUAACUAAAAAUAAAAGUUCUAUGGAUAAUUACGAAAUUAACCUUGCGACGGUUACCAAAAUUAUAGAUUCCAAUCAAAAAAUUAUAGAACGUGAAAAUGAUAGAACAAUUAAAGAUAAUAUAAAUAAAAAUAGUAAUACUGUAAGAUCAAGAGACAUUCUAUUAAAUACGUCAGCUAGAAAUAUAGAUACAUUUUUUUAUGAUAAAAUUGUAACUCAUUUAUUAGGAUAUGCAUAUAUAUUUUAUGGACAUAAAACAAAUAUUACCAAAUUGGAAAAAACGUUAAUAAAAAAUUAUUAUUAUAAUUAUAAAGUACUUAAAGAUUCAAUUAAUAGGAUCCCAGACGAAUUUAAAUAUACCCAAAACAUCAAACUAGCUGAUUCAGUUUACACCUUAUUGGAUCAUUUAGGAAUAGAAAAAUACUAUUAUGGGUUUAAUAGAAAUUUACAUACAUUUUUAUUUUUAGCUCGGGAAUUUUUACAAAAAGAGCACGCGUUGAGAAAAGUAUAUGAAUCAUUACCAAUAGAUUUUGAAUUCGAUAGAAAGGAAUUAAAAGAGCGAAUUCAGACUUCUACUUCUGAUGAGAUGGAUAUAUAUGACUUUUCUUAUAAAAUAUUUGAUCCAAUAUAUAAUUUUUUACAUACAUAUAAUUGUUUUAAUUUAAAUUAUAUAUCAAACAAAUUAAUAAGUAAUUUACGCGCAAAAAACUCAAAUGCAGUCAUAACAAAAGAAUUGAGCAAGCUAACAGAAUAUACAGCAGCUACUCACUCUGAUAUUAUAGAAUAUUUAAAAGACCUAACAUGCUAUAUUACUAAUUUAUUUGAAUAUGGACAUAAAGAAAAUUUAUUUAAUGAAUUAGUCAUAUUUUGUUAUUCUUUAUUUUUUGAUUAUUACAUAGAUACUUUAGAUAAAUUAUUAGAUAGAAUGCAAGUACACUUGGAUAAUCCAUUUAAUGAGCGAAUAAAAAAUGAAUUAUCAAUUAUAAAUGUUCGAAUUAAAGUCCAUAGAGAUUUUGUGGAAAAUGAAGUGGUUAGUUUUUAUCGCAAAUACAAUAUAUCUGAGAAUUUAUCAGAAUGCGUUACUGGUGUUUUUUCAAAUAAUACAUAUAGAGUUUCAAUUUUACAACAAUAUCUAGAUCCAAGAUAUUCAAAUUAUAUAUCACUCAUAUUGCUCCUUUUUAAAUAUUUAAAAGUUUUUAUAUUUUCAAUGUCUACUUAUUCAAACCUACAAAUUACGUAUUCUCUUUUAUCAGAUCUUGAAAAAAAAAAAAUUAAAUACGACAAGGCUUUGAAUAUACUUACUCAGCAUGCCUCCUUCAACAUAUUUGAUAGUGAAUUUUUUAAAAAAAAAUCCAGUAAUUCAAUAAGUGCAAAAACCAAUUAA